AUGAACCUGGUGGCUGAUAUCAAGACUGGCAAUCUGUCCAUAGACAACGCCUUCAUGUAUGGCAACCACCAUGGUGUGGGCCAGGAAAGCACACAGACCAAGGAGGCGGGCAUUGUUACAAGAGAGAAGUUCUUCGUGUCCCGCAAGCUGUAA